ACUCCCUAGGUACACUUGACAGGCCUUAUGCGGGGACAUGGAUCUGGGGUAAAGCCAACCUUGAGGUUGUCUGAGGCAUGGAUCGAAUGAUACCGCGGUCUCUCGGUCUGUGGAUAACAUCAUCCAAGGCAGACAUGGUCAAGCGGGGCGACUCACCACGUUGGAAGAUGUCCAUUUAAUCCUAUUUAAUGUCCAUCAAUUCCACUUUUGCAUUUGCAUCUCCUUCAACUUGACCGAACGCCCCCUGGUACAGCAGUCAUAGCAGUUCUCACGAGAUUUCAGCAAUGGGUCGACACGACGCAGAGGAGGGCAUUCUCCGCCGGCAGAAACUCAAUGUUCAUACUGUCGCUGUUCUCGCUGUCUUGGGCUUUGGCUCCAUAACAUAUGGAUACACGGCAUCGAUUAUUGGCACUACCUUGGGCCAACCAUCCUUCAUUGCGUACUUUGACCUUGACACUCGGGCCGAUGGCACCGACCUGAUCUCGACUAUGAAUGGGCUCUUCCAGACGGGCGGGGUGAUUGGCUCACUGCUACUUCCUACCGUUGCAGACAAGUACGGCCGGAGAUGGGCAUGUGCAUUGUCCGCCAUCCUCGCCAUCGUCUCUGGUGCCGUCAUGGCAGGCUCCGUCAAUGUGGGCAUGUUCAUCGCUUUCCGCUUCGUAGCAGGCGCAGCUGCGUUCAUGGCGCUGGCCGCCGUUCCAAUCCUGAUGAAUGAGAUCGUCCCAGUUCACAUGCGAGGAGCUUUGGUCGAUGUUCAUGCCGUCAUGCUCGUCCUGGGAUACACCAUUCAAGCUUGGGUGGGUUUUGGCUUCUACUUUUGGCAAUCUAGCUCCAAUACUUGGCGACCACCCGUUGCCAUACAGUGCUUCUGGCCUCUUUGUCUCCUGAUCGGUCUGUUCUUCGUGCCAGAGUCUCCGAGAUGGCUUAUCAUGCAGGGCAGAAAUGCCGAGGCCGAAGCUGUCUUACUCAAACUCCACGCAGACCCGACUGAUCCAGACAACACGGCCGCAAAGGCAGAAUUGUACCAGAUCCAGAAGCAGAUCGCUAUCGACAAGACUUUGGGCAAUACUUGGUGGCAUAUCUGGAAGAAGCCUUCGUACCGGAAACGCGCCUUCCUUGCGAUUGGCACUACUGGCAUCAUCCAGUGCUCUGGCGUAUUGGUUAUCAACAAUUAUGGACCUUCUCUUUACAAGUCUCUGGAUUACUCGGCAAUCAAACAACUCCUCUACCCAGCGGCGUGGCUGACGUUUGGUCUUGGGCUUAAUAUCAUUGGAAUGUUUUUUGUCGACCGAUUCCCGCGUCCGAAGUUCAUCGCUUUCGGCGUGCUUGGAUGUAUGGCUUCGCUCAUUGUUGAGGCUGCACUUGUUGCCGAUUUUGUGCCUUCCACCAACACUGCUGCGCUCCAGGCUGCUGUAGCGAUGUUCUUCAUCUUCCAGGUCUUCUACGGAAUCUGUCUCGAUGGGCCGCAAUUUGCCUACCUGGGAGAAAUGUUCCCGACCCACCUGCGUGCAAAGGGUGUUUGUCUGGGUGUAGCGAUGAUCUCGUUGAUGAACAUUAUGUGGCUGCAGAGCGCUCCCAUCGCUUUCGCAAAUAUUGGGUGGAAGUUCUAUUUGUGCUUCAUCAUUCCGGGGACAAUCGGAGCUGUCAUCAUGUGGAUGUUGUUCCCGGACACCAAUGGACUCCCCUUGGAGGAGGUGGCAGCGAUCUUUGGCGAUGCGGACGAAGUCGCUGUCUAUCAACGUGAGAUCGAGGUGGACUUCGCUACGCAUACGAUUGUUGACCAUCAUGGACAAGGCAUCAAGGGAGGAGAGGUCGCUCACGUGGAGCCUGGUACAGCUCCUGGCAUCGAGAAGCAAGCAUGAGUGUGGCUUUAGAAUCCUGGGCAUUCUCACAUAGAUCAUCUGAGAUAUGACCGAGGUCCGAAAGUCUUGUUUCUCGAGGAAAGGCAUUGAGGGCAGAGGAUAAACGUAGAAAAGUUUCACCGACCCGUCUUCUC